CUGAUAAGGCUGGCCAGUUGGUAUAUAUGUGUAUAAGCACCAACUCAAACAGCUGAUUCUUGCCCUGGUGCUUUAUAUACACUUGCCCCUUUAAGCAGGUCCCAAGGAAGCUGUCCAACAUGUACCUGCCGCUGCCCAUGACCCUGACUUUCUUUGGCCUCCUGCUGCCUUAUGGACCGGAAGGGGGCUUGCUCCCCAAGGCUAGCCUUGCAGAGAGAGCUUCUGAAACCCACCAAUCCACCUCUGACUCCAGCCAUGCUUCUCUUCAUACCCUGCUCAGCUCCAUAUCCCCCAAAUCUCUCCAGUCCCAGUUGCCUCCGAAGGGCAUUUCCUGUGAGGACCUGAUGCCCGAAGCCUUAGAAGAGUUUGCGAGCGUGCCCCGGCUGUCUCAGAUCCUCAUUCAAGCGUCACUGGCACUUGCUCUGCAGGGUGCAGGCUGUAGCUGGCAUGCAGAAACCCUGAUCCUGCGCCUCUACAAGGAGCUGGGCGAGGCAGAGUCCAAUGCCCUCCUCUUUCUGUUGGCAGGCGCCCUGGGCACAGCUCACUCCCCUGCUCCGAGCAACAGCAGCACUGCUGCCUUGGAGUUCAACUUGGAGCAGCUUGCCCACACACGGGCUUUGCGCUGCAAAGGUCUGACACCCAUUCAUGGCUCUUUCCUGCAUGGCCAGGCACACCGGGUCUUCAAAACGUUUCCAGCAGCUGCUGCAGCUUGUCACCAACUAGGAGAGACGUGUGCUGGAGUGGCCCCCAAUGGCACCAGUUCUUUCCAAGUGCUGGAUCGAAAUGGCAGCUACUUCCUGCCACGCCAUGGCGCCCAUUCCUGGCUACAUCAGUGCCAGAGGCUUGCCAGAGGCCGGCGUUCCACCCCAGAGGACUGCUUAAGUGAGAGGGAGCACAAUGUCCAUUCCAUUGUGGAGUGGGUACCUGGGGUCAGCACCUUUUACAAUUUUGGAACCAGCAUCUACUAUGCAACCCAGGACUGCACAGACCUGGCAAAGGAGCGUGCUCUGGAGGGGGUCAUGGACCUGGGUUUUGAUAUGCUGGGAGCUAUGACAGGCGGGGCGAGUAGCAUACUCGGGCUGGGUGUUUCUGUAGGGGCCAAAGCUGGUGUGCGCUCCUUGAUCAACUACUACAGACAGCAAAAAGAGCCUUAAUACAUUUCCCCCCAACUAUGAUGGCCCAGUCACCAUAAUGUAGUUGGCAACAUCUCUCUUUCUCCCUAUACCAGGUCAUGUGUCUCUUGCACUAAAAUGAGAUGUCUGCAUGCUGUCCCUAUCUGGUGGUUUAAGAACAAGCAACAAUACAAAUAUACUACAUAGCA